AUGCGUUCAACGUCAGAACUGACACAACAUAAGAUACUUCUGCGGGUCAUCAGGCGGAUCUUUCGGCAUAUUUGCACCGAUGCUUUGCCAACAAAUUUCCGAGUCGAACGAUUCGGGGCCGACACUAUUUUAACAGGUCUAGGAGAGCUUAACGCUAAUCGCUGCAAACGGAAAGAUGUCGGGAGAUACUCGGGGGAGGUGCAUAAUCGUUACGUUCGUUCGUCGAUUGAUGGAGGCGAUGAUGGUUUGCUCAGAGUGAGGCUGCUGGUGCACGCGCGGUCCGGUGCAGCGGUGGCGCUGAAGGCGGUGCGCGCGGGGGAGGGCGGGGAGGGCGCGCGCGAGGCGGCGCUGCACCGCGCGCUGCGCCACCCGCGCGUGCUACGCUGUCUGGGCGAGCGCACGCACCAGGGGCUGCACUACAUGUUCCUGGAGUAUGCGCAGGGCGGCGAGCUGUUUGACCGCAUCGAGCCGGACGUGGGCAUGAGCGCGCGCGCGGCGCGGCGCUACUGGCGGCAGCUGCUGGAGGGGCUGCGCUACCUGCACGGCCGCGGCGUCGCGCACCGCGACAUCAAGCCCGAGAACCUGCUGCUCGACGCGCACGACAACAUCAAGAUAUCCGACUUCGGGAUGGCCACGCUCUUCAGACACGGCUCGUCGGAGCGGCUGCUGUCGCGCGUGUGCGGCACGCUGCCGUACGCCGCGCCCGAGGUACUGGCGGCGACGCGUGCGCCGUACCGCGCCGCGCCCGCCGACUGCUGGGCCGCCGCGCUCGUGCUCGCCGCCAUGCUCGCCGGCGGCUGGUUUAUGAUAAACAACGCACGAGUCGAGCGAGCGUAUAGUAAGUGCUUGAAGCGAAUCGCUUUUGUAGAAGCAACAGUUAGGUUAGCUUAG